AUGGACUUUGCAUCAAACUAUGUACAGGUGGAUAUUUCUCCACUCGAUUCGGAAUCCAGACUGGAGUACUUUGACAAGAGUGAGUUGGAUCAUCAAACCUACACCACGUCCACAUCACUUUAUGGAAAGAUGAAUGCUGGAAUGGACUCGGGCACAUGUCUGCUCGACAUCCUUGAUACUGCCGGCCAGGAGGAGUACUCCUGCAUGCGCGACCAGUACAUCAGGACGGGCCAGUGCUACAUGAUCGUCUACGACAUCACGCGUCGCUCCUCAUUCGAAGAGGUUAGCGCCAUCAAGGAGCAGCUGGACCGCGUCAAGGACUGCACCGACCUGCCCGUGAUCAUCGUUGGAAACAAGAAUGACAGGGAGGAUGAGCGACAGGUGUCGCGUCACGAGGGUGAGGUUCUGGCACGCUCACUCAACUGUAUCUUCAAGGAGACCUCUGCCAAGAAGAGAACCAACAUCGAAGAUUCAUUCUUUGACUUGAUUCGCAUCACACCUCGCCAGCAAAUGGACUACAAAGUGGUCGUCGUCGGAGCCGGUGGUGUUGGCAAGAGUUCAAUCAUCAUCCAAUUCAUCCAAGGUCAUUUCAUUGAUGAGUAUGAUCCAACUAUUGAGGACUCAUACAGGAAACAAUGUUACAUUACUGGAUUGAAGCCAAUUGGAUCAUCAUCACGUUCAUCAACAUCAUCAGGUUCAUCAGGAUUCUUGAGCAAGUUGUUUGGUCGUGGUAGCACUGACACAAAGGUCAAGACACCUGCAGCUGAUCCAAAGGCCAAGAAGAACCAUGAGGGACAGAUCUCAACUCGGGCACAGGACGUCAAUGUGGUGUGCACCUCAAUGUCUUCACUCUCAUCUGCCGUCACCCAAAUGACAGGUGAUCCCAUCAAGUGCUUUGGAUGCAACAUCAUCCUCAACCGCUACUCUGACCUCCAGUCCAACUCGAACGGCACCUACAACUGGAAGUGUGAGUUCUGUAAGCAGGUCAACCAGAACCUCCACAUUGACAAGGCUGAGAUACCAGGCAAGGACUCUGUCGAGUACAUUCUCUCGGCGCCAAAUGCUGGCGAGGGCCUAAACAAGGACGACUCUAUCAUUGUCUACUGUGUCGAUGUGUCUGGCUCGAUGGGCAUCACUACCGAGGUGCCUCAACUUCAGUCCGAGUGGAAGAACCUCCGCAACAAGGGUGCCGGUGCCACCUCGGGACCAAGCUACAUCUCCCGUUUGGAGUGUGUGCAAUCUUCCAUCCCGACGAUGCUCGACCGUCUUUCUCUCCAAUGUCCAGGUCGCCGUGUCGUGUUGAUCACAUUCUCCGAACAUGUUGUCAUUCAUGGCAUGUCAUCUGGUGAUGCUGUCACUGUUGCCGGUGACAAACUCAAUGAUUAUGAUCAGUUGCUUGGUAUUGGUCAAGAGUCUAGGAAAUACUCCGAGUUGCCAACAAUCUCCAAUGCUAUCAGUUUGUUGAAGGACCGUAUCAAAUCAUUGGAGCCCGAACAAUCAACUGCUCUUGGACCUGCUCUGUUGCUGGCCGUCUCAAUUGCCUCACAGCGUCCACUAGGCGAGGUGGUCAUCUGCACUGAUGGCAUGCCCAACGUUGGUCUGGGUGCGAUUGAGGACCUCCCAUUGGCCCCAGCCCGCGCAUUCUAUGACCGUGUCUCCAACUUUGCCAAGUCCAAAAAGACAUCAAUCAGCAUCCUUGGCAUCAGUGGAUGUGACAUUGAUCUUGGAGUGAUUGGCCGUGUUGCCGAGGAGACCAAGGGAACCGUGACCACAAUCCACCCCUUGGAGAUGGCUCGUGAGAUCCGUAAGCUGACCCAGAAUCCAGCCAUUGCCACUGAUGUCGAGUACAGCCUCUGUUUGCACCCCAAUCUUGAGUUCACCUCCUACGACUCCAAGGCCAACCUUAGCCGUCUGGUACAAGAGUACUCCAACGUCACAGCGCAGACUGACCUCUCGUUCAUGUUUGGACUACGCCCCAGGAUCACCAAGGAUGCCUUGCUUCGCGAGUAUCCAUUCCAAUGCCAGAUCAAGUACACCAGAUUGGAUGGCAUGCGGUGCAUGCGUGUGGUGUCCUGUUCCAAGCUGGCCACUCAGAAGAAGGAAGAGGCCGAGAAGGACGUCAACCUGAGCUUGCUCGGACUGGCCUUUACUCAGCACUCUGGAAAGAUGGCCGACAAGGGAGACUUUGCCUCGGCAAGAUUAUUCCUAAAGUCGGCCUCCAGAUUGAUGGAGAGGGUGCGCCAAAGCGACGAGCAGUAUGAGGAGUUUUACAACUUCUCGGUGCUCAAGGCUGAGAUUGAUGAGGCACUCGUCCAGUGUCUAAAGAACCGCGACAAAAAGAUUGACAAGGUGUCUGAUGAUGUGACCAAGGUGUUCCUCAAGAUGAAGUCAGUGCACAAGUCCGAGGUGAUCAGUGGUGCCAAGAAGGACAUUUCCAGAAGGAGAGGCGAUGAAAGAAUGAACAAACAAUAUUAUGGAAUUAAGUUUUAA